CAAACGGUUCGGUCAUAAUUCGGUGCCGCGGUUGGGACACGAUUUCUAUAAUAAAAUGGACAAGUUUGAAGCGAGAAAAGUUACCAGCAUCUUCCCGAAGCGCCGUCAGGAUAUGUUUCGGUGGGACGGUUGGGGUUACAAGGAUUGCAAGUUUGUGUACCAGAAUGGACAAAUGUCCUUUAUAGGAGACCGCUAUCCGAUCUGUGGUCGAAGGUUGGAUAAUUUUCGUGACUGGGUUGUGGGUAUGUUUAAUAUCGAUCCAGCGAUGACCAAUCAGGCUGCCGUACCACCAACGGAAUUUCCGGACCCGAUUCGGAACAAGGCUUUCUUGGUGGAUUUAUCGGAAGCUGGAGUGGAUUACUCGGAGGAAGGAAUGGACCGCACGAUGAGAUGUCAUGGGCAAACGCUGACGGAUGUGGAGAGUUUACGGAAGCACAAGUACAAACGACUUCCGGAUGUAGUGAUUUGGCCCAACUGUCACGAUCAGGUGGUGCAAAUUGUGGAAAUGGCUUCACAGCAUAAUGUUGCCUUGAUUCCGGUUGGUGGGAAUACUUCGGUUUCGUUAGCCUCGACUACCCCGACUAUUUACGAUCGAACAAUUGCAGUAGUGGAUAUGACACAGAUGAAUCGUUUGUUAUGGUUAUCGGAGGACAAUUUGACGGCCUGCUUUGAGGUCGGAAUUGUUGGACAAGAUAUAGAACGGGAGCUGGGGAUGCUCGGAUUCACUCUUGGUCACGAGCCAGAUUCGCACGAGUUUUCCACUUUGGGUGGAUGGAUUGCAACCCGAGCUUCUGGAAUGAAGAAGAAUCGGUACGGAAACAUUGAGGAUAUCGUCGUCCGGGCAAAGAUGGUAACCGGAAACGGACAGUUGGAGAAACAAUUUACGGCCCCCCGAGUCUCGAUCGGACCGGAUUUUGAUCACCUUAUAUUCGGAUCGGAAGGAACUUACGGAAUCGUUACGGAAGCAGUGGUGAAAAUUCGACACCUUCCAGAGGUACGGCGUUACGAGUCACUGGUAUUUUCCGAUCUCGAAACCGGAGUCAGUUUUCUUCGUGAGGUGGCAGAAAAGCGCCUGCAGCCAUCCAGUAUCCGCCUACUCGACAAUAUUCAGUUCAAGUGUGGAGUGUUACUCGAUCCACCCGGAUCGUGGUACACUGGAUUUCUCGAGUAUGCAAAGCACUUUUAUCUGACGACCAUUUGUGGGUUUCAAAUGGAUCGUAUAGUGGCGGUGACGUUGCUGUUUGAGGGAGAAGCGAAAGCUGUAGCUCAUCACGAGCAGGAGGUGUGUGCGAUCGCGAAAAAGUUUGGUGCCAUUCGGGGUGGUGAACACAACGGUCGAAAGGGGUACAUGUUGACCUUUGUGGUAGCGUACAUUAGGGACUUCGCCUGGGAUCUGAACAUCGUCGGUGAAUCAUUCGAGACAUCGAUUGCGUGGGACAAGUGCAUCUCUCUCUGUACCAACGUGAAAGCUUGCGUAGUACGGGAGUGUAAGAAACGAGGCAUCAAGUACUUUGUCUUUUCUAACCGAGUAACGCAAAGCUAUGACGACGGAUGCUGCGUCUAUUUCUACCUGCUAUUCAAGCAUUUGGACAUCCCGGAGGACUCGCUGAAGAUGUUCAUGGAGAUCGAAGAAGUGGCACGGGAUGAGAUUUUAGCUUGCGGUGGAACGCUGUCACACCACCACGGAGUGGGGAAGCUGAGAAGUAAGUGGUACCCCGCCUGUGUUUCGCAGACCGGCGUGGGUAUAUACAAGGCCGUCAAGAAAGAACUGGACCCGAAGAAUAUAUUCGCGGCGGGUAAUUUGGUGCGGCCGGAGCAGUGAGUGGUAAAAUGGUACUUGGUACUUGUAAGCUAUUAAUUGUUUGUUCACUGCAGUACUGUACAUAUAAGAAUUCAUUAUAAUUGUUCACAAAAGAUCAUUUCUCGACAAAAAUAUGAUUAGGGUGUAUAAUCCAACUGUCAAAAUUAACUUUGAACGAAUAUUCCGGCCAAACCAUUGAUUGCCAAUGAUCGCCGUUAAAAGCGAACAAAAUUAAGUUUUCUCUUUCGUUAACUGCUGUUAACAGCGCUCUUCGAAAGGCGGUUUGUCUGGAAUUUCAUAUCAAAGUCAAUUUUGACAGUUAGGUUGUACGCCCGUUUGUCAAGAUUUACUCGCAUGGUAUUAGGUGCACAUUAGAAGGUAGGGUAAACAUUGUAGAAUGUAAAUACAGUCGGGAUUCGCUGGUUGGACGACACUAUAUGUCCAAAUAACGUAUUUGAUUCGCUGGUUGAAUGGAAAAUACAUCUGCUCACAUCUCUAAUUAUUGUCAGCUUGGUUGUUAAACUGAAUUCGACACGAGAUUUUGACAUUCAGAUGCUUUUUAGUUGGACAACUAGCGGAGGUCUAACUAAAAAGCGGUCCAGUUAAAUAGUGACCAACCAGCGAAUCACGACUGUAUAAAAAAAUAGCUUAUAUCUGUAAGAAUCCUUGACCUGACACACAGUUAAUAUUAACAGCUAAUCGUAACUAUCAGAACAAUCAAUUACAAAGCAAUCCUUAGGCUAUUGUUUAUUUCAAUAAGUUUGUAACCGUUUUGGUACUUUGCAAUGAUAAUUUAAUAUAGGAUAAAAUGUAUAAGGUAUAAAAAAAUAUAAAAAAUAAUAUUUCGUCUUUUCGAACUUUAAUACAUUUAUUUUCCUGAUACUGAUAAUAGCGAUAAGUAGUAGCAGCCAAAAUG